CCCCUCAGAUAUACAAAAGCUAGCUUCUUUGCAGUGGUACUGCGAACUUCAUCGAGACGCUUAUGGCCACCGAUCUGUCCGGAAUUCGUCACGAUUCAUUGUCCCCGAAUCAAUCCAAUAGCCGAUCUCUCCGUUUCGUUUCUUCAGCUCUCCCCUCGCUUAGGAACGGGCCGUUGACAGUUUGGAACCAUGGGUGAUGCAAUUGAUUUAACCGGCGAUGGAGGUGUUAUAAAGACAAUUGUAAGCCAAGCCAAAGCUGAUGCUAUUACUCCAACAGAAGACCUUCCUCUUGUUGAUGUUCAUUAUGAAGGUGUUCUUGCUGAAAAUGGUGAAGUUUUUGAUACUACACACGAAGAUAAUACUGUAUUCUCUUUUGAGCUUGGAAAGGGCACUGUAAUCAAGGCUUGGGACAUUGCAUUGAGAACUAUGAAGGUUGGGGAAGUUGCAAAAAUCACGUGCAAGCCAGAAUAUGCCUAUGGCAGUGCGGGUUCUCCGCCAGAUAUCCCACCAAAUGCGACGCUUAUCUUUGAGGUGCAAUUAGUGGCUUGCAGGCCACGCAAGGGUUCGAGUUUGGGCAGCGCUUCAGAGGAGAGGACUAGGCUAGAAGAGCUGAAAAGGCAGAGGGAGCUUGCUGCCGCAACCAAAGAAGAAGAGAAGAAGAAGAGAGAAGAUGCUAAAGCGGCUGCUGCUGCCCGAAUUCAAGCCAAGCUGGAAUCCAAGAAAGGUCAAGGGAAGGGGAAGGGCAAAGCAAAAUAGUGGCAUAUCGCAAGUUUCAUUCACGUAAUAUGUGUUCUGAUAACUAACGUUGUAUCAAACUGAUUUCAUUCCAGAUGGGUUAAGUAUACUAUUAUUGAGACGUAUAAACAAUAUUUGAAAUGUGUUAAGCCUA